ACAUGGAAGCAGGAUCCGAGCCGAGGGGAGCGCAGAGAUGGAGGGGGCUUGAAGGACCGCGGAGCAGAUCGCUGUCACUCGGAGAGACGCGCUCGGAAGCUGCAGGGCGGCGGCGCGGCGGAGCGGAGCGGACGCGCAGGGAAACGCGCAGGUGAAGCCCUUCAGCCCUUCCCCUCCCGGCCGGGCUGAGGAGAGGAGAGGACGGGGGUGCGAGGGGGGUCAGCGGGAGCUCUAGGAAUGCCACAUGCGGAAUGCUGCAUUCCUGCCCAGUGAAGCCCAGAGAAGCCCAGAGAAGCCCAGGAAAGCCGAGUCCACGCCUGCAGGCGGCCGAGUAUGCUGGCGGGGAGCGCCGGGGUCCACGCCGAGCCCCCCCACAGCCCUGAGCUGAAUCCCAGUGAGACGGAGGCACUUCCCUGCGUGCAUGAGUGUAAGGGUGUGAGUGUGUGUGUGUGUGAGAGCAAGUGAGCGCCAGCGCUCCCACAUGGCCUCCAUGCAGGACGGGCUGAACUUCACGGCUCCUCCCUACGGCAAGGUCCUGCUGCUGGGCGCUAUCGCUGCUGCCUCGGCCUUUGUUGUUACCAUUCUCAUUGUUGUGCUCUGCGUGGGCUGCCAGAGGAAGGGGAAGACGCACAAUGUUCCCGGCGAGGGUGGAAAACACCGUCUCAUGGACAUGGGUAUACUCAAGCAGUCGAAGCUGCGGUCCAUCAGUAAAUCAGACACUGAGAUGAACAAGAUGAACUGCAAUGGGAAAAGCAGGCAGCUUCCCCAGAUCCCGUCUGGGGCUGGAGAGGACAGCGAGCACACUUACUCUGAAGUGGGCCAGCGCUCCUCCGCUACACGUACUGACGAUGCCCUGUACGCCAUGGUAGGCAGAGCCGGGCAGACGGACACGCCGGCCCCCCCGGCCGUCCCCGCCAACACGCCGGCGCCGCCAGACCCGGACGGGGACGUGGAAGGAGGGAUGGCGGAACCCGAGGCGCAGGUCAUGUCUGCCCCUCACCCCCCGGAGACGGCGGAGUACGCCUGCGUCAGGAAGCUGAGGAAGGCCGAUAAGGCGCCUCAGAAGAGGGACAGCGGGACGGACAUGGGGGAGCCGCCGGCGCCGCCCCCGCGGCACGCCCCCCCGUCACACCCCGCUCCUCCCCCGCCACACCCUCACAGCACAAAGUUGCCCCGCAGAAACGUUGAUGCCUUUAAUGUCCCGUCAUUCCCAAAGGAAGUGAUGUUUAUGGGCAACGGAGAGCAGUACAUCUGGAAGCCUCCGGAGGAUGAUGACAUGCUCGCGCAGCAAAAUAAAGCCCUGGCCCCGCUGGCGGCUCACACGGCGGAGAAUACCCCACCGUCUGCUGCUGCAGUGGCUGAAAUGUACUCAAAAGUGUGCAAGCCUGGAAAAAAGAAGAGAGCCGUGCCGGGGUCUCCUCCGGCCAACCUUGGCUUCCGGACCUUAGGUCGGGGCGACCGGGACCGGGAUCGAGACGGGGGGUUCAGCGUAGUCGUCAAACCCCAGACGUGGGCCCCCCAGGAGGGCAAGGCCAUGGGCGGGCCCCUCGACGACCACUGCUACGAGUCCAUCGGGACGGAGGAGUGCGACCCGGCCUACGAGAACGUGGAAGGCGGCGGCUGGAAGCGGGAGAGGCCCCCCAACACAUGUGCCACCUUGCGGCCGCGCAGGAAGAAGGCCCAGCAGCCCUUGCAGCAGCAGCACCCCCCGCCCCCGCCGCCGACACAACAGACCCCCAAGUUGCAACACCUGCCCGCCAAAGCCCUGCUGCUGCCGGGGGAGAACCUGUACGAGAGCAUCAGCGACCUGAAGGGCGGCUCCGCCACCUCCAGCACCACCACCAUCUUCACCUUCAACGAUGGCAUGGAGAUGUACGUAACGGGGCUCUGAGGCGGCGGCUGCACUGUGACCCCACUUUCCUUCCAACAAGGAGCUGAGCUAACGCCACGACGAGUUGAGGCUGGGCCCCUGUCAUGCUCACCCAUACAUACUGUUUACAUUCAAGUCAUAACAUCAAGCCUUUCACGGCUCCAGAGGCCUUGGGGUAAUAAAGCUGAUCUGUUAUGACCUGGGCUGAAUACAAAGUCCAAUCUAUAAACCUUAUAAAGAAUCCAAAGGUAGUGAAUAAUAAAUGAGCACAAGACCAUUGCAGAGCAAUCUGUAGAUAACAGUAGCACUUCUAUUUUACUGAUAUAUGUGCAAAGCACAGUAAAGUUAAAAGCUUAAAUUCUUCCUUAAUUCUAGCAGGUUCAAAUAGUCAUAUAUCAGGUCCAAGCAGGACCUCUAUUUGGGGGGGAAAGGCACAGAAUAGUGUGAGAUGUUUGAGUAGCACUUAGUCUGUCAUGACCAGGCCUUCCCUGUCAUUGACGAGAUGCGAUUCAGGAUGGGGAUUCAAACGAUACAAAAGGAAUGAAUUACUAAUCAAAAGACUAGAAAGCUCAGGGACAAGGAGAAACAAUUAAUGAGAGUAUUAUGAGAAAAAAAAAAUUGCACACAUUUUGCAUUCCUCCUAAAGUCUUCAACCGAUUCAGAGCAUUUUACGCAUCAAACAGUCGACCGGUCACUUCCCUCCGUCAUGAACUGGAAACACUGUCUCCACCGCCGUCUGUAAAUGAAGUGUUUUACUUUGUUGAUCCUGUUUCUGCACUUUGCCUGCUACAACUUGCAUGCCUAUAAAAGUGAAAAAAAAAAAAAAAAAAAAAAAAAAAAAGGAGGGGGGGAAAAAUAAUCAAGCACUGUCAUGUGAUACCUCUAUAUGAAUGUUUUUUUGAUUUGGUUUAAUUUUCUAUCGUCGUUGGUUGUUUUUUUUUUUUUUAGUUUUUUUUUUAGUGUGUUGGUUUAUUUCUCUGUAGAAAUAAGGCAGGUAUAGAUCAGGACGCCUCUGGUGGACGUGCGUGUGCGGCUGUGGCGGGGACGCGCGUCCUCUCCCGCACAGACACAGUACAGAUGAAACAAAGAGAACUGCUCGAGUCCUAACCGUGGAGACAGUCCGCUCAUCCCCCACCACCCACUACACCCCCUACACCCCCUACACCCCCCCAGCCCUCACUCACAUCCGUGGAUUGUUCAUCAUACUCCCCGCCUUGUGGUCAUUUAAAUCUGCUUCACCAUAGUGCAGCGUGGAAAGACACAGUAGAACCGAUAUAUGUUAGCAAACGUCACGUCUCAUUAUCACCCCCCCCAUCGAUGAACAUUCUCUCUGUUAUCAGUGUUAAAAACGAAAAAAAAAAAAAAAAAAAAACAUCGCAGAAAUGAGAAAUUAAUGUGAGGCGCGCGGUUUGCGGCGCGGCGGAGACGCGCGUCCGUCACAUCCCAACCCCGAACAAUAACGAUGACUUUACUCGACCAAAUAUCUCCAGCAAACAAUGUGAUUAUGUAUGUUGAUGCAAUGUGUAUGUAAAUGACAAAAGAGAAAGAAUAAUAAAUAUAUCAUCAGUGUCAAGAAAUCUAUCUUUUUCUAUUAUGUUCAAUUCUUGUUUUGGAAUGACUUAUGUUGUGACAGAAAAACUGCAAAACAGCUGCAAAUGUAAAUCUUUGGUGUAUUUCUGUUGUUUUGGAAGCCAUGGCGCUACGGUGUGUUCUUGGAAAGCCCUGCUAAGUUAAAUGUGGCAGCUAAUGUUGUGUGUUUGCUAUUCAGACUACAGGGUCUUGUACUCAAAAAGCGUGUAAUUAAGUGCUAAAGUGCAAAAGAUUGUAAUGUUUUAUAUCAAGAUUACUAUUCAUGAAAUGUCAGUCAAGUUUAUACUUUUGUAAUAA